AUGGGUCCUUCAUCUACUUUCCACGGCACUGACCAGUCCCUCCCACCUUUGCAUCAGGCUAUUCCAGAGUUCCAUUCACACCCUUCACGAGAAAGACAUGCCUCAAAUGCUAUGCCACGGAGGAUGGUUGAACGGGGUUCUCCUACGUUUUCAGUACACAGAAGGGUUUCUCAAAGCCCUUCCAGCGCUGUGUCGGAUUCCUCAAGUAUGCCUGCUCUAUCAUCACCGAGCUUCCAUCAUCGCAGGGCGGCUUCAACAACAUGUUCAAUACCCAACAUGCCUCUGACAGGUCGGACAGUUUCGAGUGAUCCUAUCACCGAUUCUCGUUACGAUGGACCAAGUUAUACCUCGUCCUCCGGAGACCAGAGACGAAUCAGCAUGGUCUCGUCAACCUCGUCAAACUACGCAAACGAUAAUAGAGCGAGCCCAUUCUUGCCCCCCGUUGCAUCGUUAACAUCAUCACGUGGGUCAUCUUUCGAUGUAGACCCGUUAGAGAGGCCGCAGCUACCCGUAACAUUGCCAUCAUUGUUUGCGCAUACACAACAGCUCCCACAGAGUAACCAACAAUCCUACACAUCACCCGUAGACAGUGAGAUGCGAUAUCAAUCCCCCCAGGAGUAUCACCGAUACUCUACGUCUAGUACACCCCCAUACCAGAGCUCUUCUCCAGGCCAGUUAUAUUCUCCAUACUAUUCACACCCCACGUAUUCUCAGCCACCACGGAACCCAGGCUACUCAUCUACACAACCAAUGAUGAUGGAUAACCGAUCACCGUUUUCUACUGGUGGACAUUCUGUAGAUAUGACCAUGGAUCAUUUUGAUCAUGGCAGACCUGGAAAGCGAAGAAGAGGAAACUUGCCUAAGCAUGUCACCGAUUUGCUUCGGGGCUGGUUGAAUGACCAUUUACACCACCCAUACCCAACCGAAGACGAGAAACAGAUGUUGAUGGCUCAGACCGGCUUGAACAUAAACCAGGUAUCAAACUGGUUCAUCAAUGCUCGCCGACGAAGACUACCAAGCAUCACGGGAGGUCGGGUUGAUACCGACCAAAAACCAUCCCACUCAAUGGGAAACCCUGGCACCAGCCAGUAA